AUGUCAUCCACAACUCAGACAAAAGCCCUCAUCCUCUCCUUCGUCAGCUCCUCCCUUUCCCUCACCCACACAACCGUCCCCGUCCCCUCCCCCCUCCCAGGCCAAACCACAGUCUCCGUCCUAGCCUCCGCCAUCAGCCCAACCGCCUCGUCCUACCUCACCGGCGCCCUCACAGCCCUCUCGUUCCCGACCCCCUUCGUCCCCGGCCACGCCGCCAUCGCCCGCGUCCUCCACCCGUCUCCAGACUCCGUCUCCCUCCAGCCGGGCCAGCUCGUCCUCGUCGACUCCUACGUCGCAGCCCGCGACGACCCGGACGUGCACAUCCUCCUCGGGCUCCACGACGGCGCAACUCCGCAGCACAAGAAGCUCUUCCGCGACGUCUGGCCCCACGGCCUGUGGAAGGCCGCCGCGAGCGUGCCCGUCGAGAACUGCCACCCCCUCGACGAGGACCGCCUCUCCGCGCUGGGAUACUCCUACGCGCAGCUGCUCUACCUGAACAGGCUCGCGGUGGCCUACGGCGGCGUCAGCGCAGUCGGGCUCAAAGCCGGACAGACGCUCGUCGUCGCGCCGGCGACGGGGCAGUACUCCGGCGCGGCAGUCGAGCUCGCGUCCGCCAUCGGCGCGAAUGUCAUCGCCGUCGGACGCAACCCAGACACCCUCCGGAAGCUGUCCCACCUCCCGCGCGUCAAGACACUCAUCCUCCCCUCAGACUCGGCCUCCUUCGAAGAGACCCUGACGUCCUCCCUCCGAGCCCUGGCCCCAAGGAAAGGAGCAGACGCGUACAUCGACCUCUCGCCGCCCACGCUCGCGGACCCGGGCAGGCAGAUCAGGGCGUGCAUCGCGGCCCUCCGCGACGGCGGCAGGGCGGCGCUCAUGGGCGGCGUGGCGGGCGACGUCGGCAUCUCCCACCCGAGCAUCAUGUUCAGGAAUAUUACUGUCAAGGGGCAGUACAUGUACACGCGGGAGCAGGUCGGCGAGGUGAUCCGGCUCGUCGAGAGCGGCGUCGUGAAGCUCGGGGACGCGGUCGGCCACGAGAAGCUUGUCGCGUUCGGGCUCGCUGAUUGGGACACGGCGCUGAGGGAAGCGUCGGAUAGGGGAAGUUGGGGCCAGGCUGUCGUGUUUGUGCCGGAGCAAGAGUAG